AUGCCGCCAGCAAAAGAUCCGAUGUUCGGAUCCGAGAAGAUCUGGGUCACCAGAGGGCUCAUAGAAGACCUGGAACGACAGGCUCAAUUGCAUCAAACGCGGAACAGCCCUGGCGACGCGCGCAACUACGAGAACGACUUCAACCAAACAGAUGUCCUGGACGAAGGUCAAACUACAGUGCUACCUACUGAGAACAGUCCCGGCGGAACGCCAUCGGCUCAGCUAACGAAUCCUUUCUCCCAUCACGCGCCUCGACCAUGGUAUCUUGGAGUUUCGUCCAACUGGGCGUUCAAUCGGCGUGUCCUUGAGAUCGUUCAUGAGCGCCUCACUGGUGUUCACGCUCCAACGGACAACUUGUCGUUCGAUGGGACAUUGUACGAGCUCGGUUGGAACGGCGAGCGUGAGACUGCUGGGAGUCAACAUCUUGUUCCGUCUGCUGACUACGCGAUGUUCUUGAUCAAUGCGGUGAAGUUUCAUUGUGGCCAAAUGUUCCACCUCUUCGAUGAAACAACAUUCAUGCAGGGAUUCAAGAACUUCUAUGACUCUCCUGCAGACGCAGACAUUCACAGCUUCUGGUAUAUUCAUUUCUUGUUAAUCCUUGCCUUCGGGAAAGCCUUUGUGGCCCGGAAGAAGAUGCCUCGCAAAGCACCUGGAUCUGACUUGUUCGUCCAAGCCAUGAAGCUCAUGCCUGAUAUUGUGUUCCUGAUCGAACAGCCUCUUCAAGCCAUUGAGAUCCUUUGCUGCAAGGCACUCUACCUGCAGUGCCUUGAUUUUCGAUGUGCAGCAUAUAACGUGAUUGGUCAAGCAUUGAGAAUAACUUUGGAACAAGGCAUGCAAACAGACAUGCGCAACCAAGGUCUCGACGAACUGCACGUUCAACGAUGUCUCAACGUGUUCUGGACGGUAUACAUAUUGGAUCGCCAGAUGUCUUCGUUGAUGGGCGUGCCGCUAGCGCUCAAGGACAGUGAAAUCAGCACUCCUCUACCAACAUUUGCUGGGGCACCUCAAAAAAGCAUGGCUUUGCAGCUACACGUCAAGCUAUCGAAAACCAUUGCGCAAAUUCUCAACACUGUGUAUGGUAGCGAGGGAAGGCUGACGAAGAGAUUCAUUCAGAGUACUAAGUCAUCCCUCCAGAGCAUUGCAGAAGUCACGGUACAGCUCAGAGAAACUUUUGAAGAGCUGAGAGGUCAGAGCUCUGGGGGCUUAUCAAGGCUUGCCGCUCAUUUGGACCUUCUGCAUCAUCAAUGUGUCGUUGUUGCUACCAGGCCACUUCUAUUCAGUCUCCUCAAUAAGCGAUUCGAUGAGCCAAGCGGCAUUUCAUCUCUCAUCAAAUCGUCUUCCAGUGCCAAAGCGCUCCUGCAAAUGUGCGUUGAGUCUUCUCAGCAUAUUGUUGCUGUACUCGACCGCUUGAAAGACCAAAGCCUUCUGGAAAGCUUUCUACCUUUUGACCUGGAAGCUGCUUCAGCUGGCAGCAUGGUUAUUCUGAUAGCCCCUGUACUCGACGCAAACCUGCUUAGCAGCAGUGCGCCGUGGCUUGAUAUACUGUACUCGGUACUGGACGAGAUGGUUGCACAAGGUCAGGUACAAGCAUCGAAACGCAAAGAGGAGCUGCAAAGAUUACAGCAAGUCUUUGAGCAGUUGCCCCUACCGCUGACAGAAACGCCGGAAGUUCAGCAGCCUGCUCCACUGGACUCCGGCCAGGACGGAACAAAUGCAUAUUCAACGAUCCCUGGUAAUGGGCUGGACGAUUUUGGAUUCAUGGACGACGCCAUCUGGCGGACGGAUCUCACAGCAGAGCAACUGAUGGCUGUAGCGGACAGUCUGGAUUUGGACGGCUUUGAGUGGAUGACAACCGUGUCUUCGGGCCUUGGCAACGACUAG